ACCAUGCUUGCGAUAUAUGUCCUGUUCAUGCAAAGGCAUGUAUAUAGUUAGUAUUCGUAAAUAACAUACGCAUGAUCAUGUGUGCAACAUAUAAGUAUCAUCCUACCACGAGGAGGUCAGUAUGUGUCACAGUAUUGCGGUGGAAGCUACCGGCAUCAUCUGACUAACACAAACAUCGUUUAAAAGUUAAGAAUAUUUUAGAAUUUUGAAAAAAGUGACAAAAAUAUAAACAUUAUUAUGAUUAUAAUUAAAAAUCAAAAAAAAAAACACAAUUGAUUACAAUUAUUAUCUAGUGAUUAUGGACAGUAUUAAUAGCUUUUAACAUUUCUACCUAUGAAGAAAUAGUUUGUAUAUAUAAAAGUGAUUAAUUUUUAAAGAAAUUACAAGUAAACAAUAAUCGAAAAAAAAACCAAAGAUUAUAAAAUGUGUGUUAUCGUGUUAAUUAAUUUAUAGAUAUGAUUUAUGUUUUUUCGAUUUUCAUGCUGUGAAUUAAUGUCAAUUUUUUCUCAAUAAUUGUCAAUUACUUGUUAGAAUUAUUGUUUUCCAAUAAUGAGAUGUAUAUUGUGUAAAUGCAUAAGACAAUGAUAUAUCAACGAUUAAAAUUAUAAAUUAUUAAUGAUUGAAAUUAUUAAUCAAGACUUACUAAGAAUUACAAAAGACAAUGAAAUUAUAUAAAUAAUUAACAAUUAAAUUAACAAUAAAACAGAAAUUAAAUAAAAAAGAAAUAUAUAAUAUAUAAUAAAAUGUUCUGAUUAAAAACAUACGACGAAGUACCUACAAAUGCAUGAACAAAAUACAUUUUGAAAUAUCAAUUAUAGAGGUCGUGAUUAUCUGAAGAUAUCAUGUCGCGCAACGAAUUUAUGGAUCUACCUUGAAGAUCAAAUAUGAAAAACUGGAAUAUUUAUAUUUUUUCUGAUAGGCUAAAAACAUUAAAAUAUUUUCGGAUUAGAAAAGGUGAUAAUCAUAAAAUAGCAGGCUAUUUCAUUCAUAAUUGAAAAAGAGAGGUAAAUCAAGGCUAAACGACAGUCUCGACAACUAUGAUCGAUUUCCAUUUAUUCGACAACGAUCAGAUGUGAUUAUCAUGAGUUGUACAUAUAAAUGUCGAUUGAAUCGGAAUCUAACUUUUCAUCGAUUUAUCGCUUUCUAUCGAUACAUUAUCGAUCGAUCAGCAAGUGAAAUAAAAUUAUAAGUUAAAAAAACAUUUAUUGAUCAAUAUGGUUGCAUUUAAUUUCAUAAUAGUUAAUCUUUCUAAGAAAGAAUUUUCGGUUCUGAUAUAAUAUUACAUAUAACAAUUCAUUAAAAAAGAUAGCAUUCUGUUAUUUGGAUAUACAGAAUGACAACAUUGAUCAAGAUUGUCGCGAAAUGUGCAUUUUUUUUUAAAUAUCAUCGAUGACAGAGAACUUUUUGGUAUUAUUUAUUAAAUUUAAUUGAACGCAAUGGAUAAUAGUGAACUUCAAGUCGAAGAUGAAACACAGAAUAAUCACAGUAGACGGCAAAGUUUGUCUACUAGCAAUACAAUUAUUACCGAAUCAAGCUCAAAUGAAUCUCAAACGAAUGUGAAUGCAACAGGAACGAGGAAUUCGCCAUCGAAAGCAUCAUCAACUAGUUCUUCACCCCAAAAAACGACAACCUCAAUAAUAUCAAAUUCUCCUACUAUAAACAAAAAUAUAAAAAUUGGAAAUAACAAAGAAAUGAUAUACGAAAUGAAUAAAAAUGGUAUUCAAUCAAAUGAAUCGCCAAAAGUUAACAAGAAAUUAUCUAGAACCAAUAUUUAUUCAUCGGGAACAAAUUUGACUGCUCGGGACGCUUUUGGUCCUAAACUUACAGUACCAACGACACCAGAAGAUACACCACCAUUACCAGGAACACCGAUAUUUUCUAAUGAUGUACCAAGAGAUUCUUUGUUACAAAAGGAUUCAUCUUCAGAAACGGUAGAUACUGAAACACUUUAUUUCCGAGACGGUCGUAGACGCAUUGAUAUGGUUUUGGUAUAUCACGAAGAAAAUAAUGGAGUAAUGACUGAAUUAGAAGCACGUCGAAAGGAGCAAAGACGUGUUUUUCAACAGAAUUUAUUAAAAGAAGGUUUGCAAUUAGAAUUAGAACCAAAAGAAAAUUCUUUCGACGGAAAAACUUACUUCUUAAAGUUGCACAUUCCAUGGAAAAUUAAGGUUCAAUAUGCUGAAGUAAUGAAUUUGAAAUUACCCACCAAAAGAUUUAUCACUAUAUCUGUUAAAGCUUGGCAAAGCAAUGAAGAUGUAAAAGAAAGUCCGAAAUUUUGGGAAAGAUGGAUACAAUGGAUAAAAGAAAUACAUACCUGGGAUACGAAGAAGUAUCCGGAAGAACCUAGUUUUUAUGAUAGCAUUGAUUCUGGCGAUCGAGAAGAAAGAUUUGUAGUAAAAGAUAGAGAUACAGCUUAUACUCCUGCUCAAAGAUCUUUAAUAGUAAUGCAAAUUUUAUUAAGAGCACGAUACGAUGAAAAUCACGAAAAGGCAGGUAUCCGAAGACUUUUAGCAGAUGGUACUUAUCUUGAUUGUUAUUCUCUGCACGAGGGUCCGUAUAACAAACCUGGAUUAAAUGGUGAAAAUUUAGAUAGACACUUAUUAUAUUUAAUAUGGGCUAGACCUUCGCAAUGGUACAAAAGACAACCUCUAUGGUUAAUCAGACGAUAUUUUGGAGAAAAAGUAGCUCUUUAUUUUGCAUGGUUAGGAUUUUACACAAAAUGUUUAUAUGCACCAGCAAUUGUUGGCCUUUUAUGUUUUAUGUAUGGCGUAGGAAGUAUGGAUGGACCAGACAAUGUACCGAGUAAAGAAAUAUGUGAUUAUAAUAUAGCAGGAAAUAUUACUUUAUGUCCUGUCUGCGAUAAAGCAUGUAGCUAUCAAAGACUCGGCGAAUCCUGCUUAUUUUCAAAAUUAACUUAUUUAUUCGAUAAUCCUGCUACUGUCUUCUUUGCUAUUUUUAUGUCAUUUUGGGCCACAACAUUUCUUGAAUUAUGGAAACGAAGACAAGCUGUAAUAAUUUGGGAAUGGGAUCUUCAAAAUGUUGAAAGCGAAGAAGAGCCUCGACCUGAAUUUGAAACUACAGUAAAAACAUUUCGAAUAAAUCCUGUGACUAGAGAAAGAGAACCUUAUUUACCAGUAUGGUCUAAGGCUUUACGUUCUUGUGCCACGGGUUCUAUAGUAUUUUUUAUGAUAUGCGUUGUUUUGGGUGCUGUACUGGGAACUAUUAUUUCUCGAAUAUCGUUAGUAUCCGUAUUUUAUGAAGGUGGAGGUCCAUUUUUACAAAAGCAUGCAAAGAUUUUCACUUCUAUGACUGCUGCCCUUAUUAAUUUAGUGAUUAUUAUGAUCCUUACACGAGUGUAUCAUCGUUUAGCACGAUGGAUGGUGAACAUGGAAAAUCCUAGAACACAGACUGAAUACGAAUCCAGUUUUACAUUCAAGAUAUUUUUGUUCGAAUUUGUCAAUUUCUAUUCAUCUCUCAUUUAUAUAGCCUUCUUUAAAGGGAGGUUUUAUGUUCAUCCUGGAGAUGCUGAUGCAAGAGCUACAGAAUUUUCUCGUAUAAAAACGGACGUGUGCGAUCCAGCUGGAUGUUUGUCGGAACUUUGUAUACAACUUGCUAUUAUAAUGGUAGGCAAGCAAUGUUUCAAUAAUUUUGUAGAAAUAUUAUCACCAAAAAUGUGGAAUUGGUGGCGUAAAAGAAAUCAUAUUGCUGCUACGAAAGAUCAUGGCAGACCGUAUACUUACUGGGAGAAAGAUUAUCAGUUGCAAGAUCCUGGAAGACUGGCACUCUUUGAUGAAUAUUUGGAAAUGAUUUUACAAUAUGGAUUUGUGACUUUGUUCGUCGCUGCAUUCCCGUUAGCGCCAUUGUUUGCGUUAUUAAACAAUAUAGCUGAAAUACGACUAGAUGCAUAUAAAAUGGUAAAAGAAGCGAGAAGACCAUUAGCGGAAAGAGUACAAGAUAUAGGAGCUUGGUACGGUAUAUUACGUGGAGUAACUUACGUUGCUGUAGUAUCGAAUGCAUUCGUUAUUGCAUACACGUCAGAUUUCAUCCCUCGUAGCGUAUAUGCUAUCGUUUACUCACCCACGGAGGAUUUAGUGGGUUACAUUGACAGUUCUCUAUCAGAAUUUAAUACAUCAGAUUAUCGAGAUGACAUGAAAAGCGAUAUGGAUACUAAUCAUCCGGAAACUUGUCAAUACAGAGGUUACAGAAAUGGGCCGGACCAUGCUAACGAUCCAUAUGGACUAAGCCCGCAAUAUUGGCAUGUUUUCGCAGCUCGUUUAGCCUUCGUUGUUGUUUUUGAACAUAUUGUUUUCGCUUUAACUGGCAUAAUGAGUUAUGUAAUACCAGCCGUGCCUCGUUCUUUGGCAACCCAACUUCAACGAGAACGUUUACUUGCUCAAGAGGCUAAGUAUGAAAAAGGUAUAAAAAGUAGAGAAGAUGAUGAUGAUAUUUUAUCGAUGCUUAGAGAAGCAGGUAGCAUUGGAAGAGCUGCAGGUGGUGGUAGAGGUAGCUGGGCAAGACGCUUUAGUAAAUUAAGCGAUGGCUUAGAUGCCCAUGUUGAUAUAGCUUCCAGACACAAUAGAAACAGUGACGGUUCGACUGUGUGGGAGGUAACAUGAUUUUAAAAUAGAUUCAUAGAUAUAUAGAUUAUAUUAUUUUCUUGAGAUACUUAAAAAAUAUUUUUUAAAUGCCUCGCUUAUUUGUACAAAAACUACUUACUUAUAUCGUUAUAUAAAUAAUAUUUACGAUAGCAAAAUCCUAUAUAAAUAUCGGAAUAACAAGUACAAAUAAAUAGAACAUUAAUUGUGAUAUUUUAAAAAAUUGCAUAAAAUAUGCGAAC